AACAUUUCUGUAAUGCCUGUUUUGAUUACAUGUAUCGGAGCUUUAAAAAUGGCUAUGAAGCAUACACCCAAUGGAAACUAGAUUGGAGUUCUAUUGGAAAAAAAGAAGCAAACAUUAAGGUGUAUGUUUCAGAGAUGAUAAUGCCCUUCUGGGUCCAGUGCGUGUCAUGUUCAAAAUGGAGGGAGUUUCCAGAAAAGGAACUCACACCUGAUAAUAUAAAGUCCUGGAAAUGCUCAUCACCAGCAGCAAUAGUAACAAACAAAGAAAAGGGAAAAAAGAAAGCAGUUAGCCCAUGUGGUAUUCCGGAAGAUGAGAGAGUAUCUGCUGUUAAUAGUGCUAAGUGGCUGGAAAGCUUGACGGAACCUCCUCUGCUUCAAAACUGCCCAGCAGCUCAAUUCCUUGGGUCAUAUUUUCCUGAUGGUGUUGGCCUGAGCCCCACAUCAAACACCUGGGGGUGUAGAGUAGAAGAUUCUGCAGGAUACGUUCAGUUGUUUUAUCAUCCAGAGAAUCCACACACAGCAUACAACAUCCGCCCAGAUGUCAUGGAACCUGAGGAAGAAGAAACCUUCCCUGAAUAUAUUAGGCAACCAAUGCUGUAUCUUGCCUUGCGAAAUGUCAUUUUGUCUUUGUGGACACUGAAACAUAAGGAGUUUUUAACACCAGAUAAGUGUGCGCAGCAUAUCAUUGUGAGAGGUCUGAUCAGAGUAUUGAUGGUUACAGAGGCUAAACGUGUCCUGUUUUUUCUAACGAAAAAAGGAUUUGUCAAUCAUGGUAUUUUAGGUGAUGUGCCCAAUGUUCUCAGCACACCAAAGGCUACAAGGCUUUCUGUCAUUGUGAUUGGUGCAGGAGCUGCUGGCUUAGCUGCAGCAAGACAUCUUGCUACAUUUGGUAUUAAGGUCACAGUUAUUGAGAGUAGAGACAGGAUUGGAGGGCGUGUAUGGGACGACACACAUUCUCUAGGAUGCUGUGUUGGUACUGGAGCACAAAUACUAAAUGGCUGUGUGAAUAAUCCAAUAUCUGUAUUGUGUGAGCAGGCUGGUCUUCCCAUGCACCACAUUACCAGCAAAUGUGAUCUUCUUACUGAGGAAGGCCACUGCGUAGAUGUGAGCACAGAUAGUAAAGUUGAAUUUCACUUCAAUGCUCUCUUAGAUGCUAUUGCUGAAAACAGGGAAGAGGCCUCAGAGGAUAAAUCUUUAGAAGAUAAAGUACAAGAGAUGCACAGUUUGUUUUUGGAAGAGACCCAAGUAUCAUUUAGUGAACUUGAAGAAAAGCUGCUGCAAUUUCACCUUGGAAAUCUUGAGUUCAGCUGUGCAGCUCCACUCAGUAAAGUCUCAUCAAUGUCCUGGGAUCAAAAUGAAGAGCUUCCUCAGUUUUGUGGUGAUCAUACUCUUCUUCAACAUGGUUUUGGUGUUCUUCUGGACAAACUUGCUGAGAAUUUGGACACCAAACUCCAGUAUGAAGUCAAAGAAAUUAACUACAAAAGCAAAAGAGUAAUCAUUACAAGUUCUGAUGGGAGGCAACUGACGGCAGACAAGGUGAUUGUAACUGUCCCACUGUUCUUGCUGAAGUCAGGCAAACUUAAGUUCAUUCCUGCACUCCCAAUGAGGAAGCAAGCUGCUAUAUCAAAUCUUGGAGCUGGUCUCAUAGAAAAGGUCAUUUUAAAAUUCAAAUACAACUUUUGGGAAAAAGUUGUCCAAGAAGCAGAUUUUUUCGGUCAUGUUCCCCAAUCACACAAAGGGCGCGGUCACUGUGGCCUCUUUUAUAACUUGAGUAAAAAGGGAAGUGAAAAAGGCAAAAAGACAAGCCAUGUUCUAAUGACUGUGUUAUGUGGAGAGACAGCCUUACAAGCACAAACAAUGACAGAUAAGGAAGUGGUAGAUUCAUGUAUGAACAUACUUCGCAAGCUUUUCACUUACAAAAUUCCAGACCCUCAAGCAUAUUUGGUAACACACUGGGGGAAGGAUCCCUACUCAGGCAUGGCUUAUUCAUACAUACCUAUUGGUAGCACUGGAGAAGAGUACGAUCAUAUGGCCUCUGAGGUUGAUGACAAGUUAUAUUUUGCAGGAGAGGCUACAAAUCGACAAUUUCCACAGACAGUUACAGGAGCUUAUUUAAGUGGAAUCAGAGAAGCAGACAAGAUUAUUUCAUCUUUGGAAACUGAGACGUGACAUGAGAUGAAGAUCGAGGUACCACAAGUCCAACAAAUGCACAGUUCUGUGAAGACUGAGCAGAAACAGACACACAUGUAAAUGGAAGUACAUCUUCUAUCAUUAUAGGAAAUAUUGUUAGUUUGCUGAUGAAAAACUCCCUUACAAGCUUCCCUUCUCUACCUUUAAAUCAAUCUUUGAACUUCUGAUUCACCUAUGCUCUUUUACCUUUCACUGGAGAUUUGUAAAAGAACAUGGCACUUUAUCAAGACUUCCUUCUAUAGCUGUGAUGUGUUUCAGUAAUUACCACCUUUUGCUAUUUUACAUGAAGAUAUUGAAAGGAGUUACAAAUGAAGGACCUCUCGGAGUUAAAAUGUUCUUUUGUGUAGUUGAAGUAGAACAGCAAGUAUUAGUUAGUAGAUAUUUUUUUUGUUUUAGGGUAUGUAGUAGAAUAUAUUAGUUAUUAGACAUUUUGUUCCAUGUUAUGGCAGGGCUCCUUCCAUUGUUGACAAAAGCAAUUGCAAGUGCCUUCUUUUUGAGACAUGUGAUUAGUACAAAACAGAUAAAAUAUUUGAUGCAACCCAAUUGAGAUCAUACCUAGCACUCACUUGGGCAACAAAUAUUCUGCAUCAGCUUAAGUGCACAAUUUUAGCCCUACAGUGAUCUCAAUUGGCUGGCAAAAAAGGUGUAAACAGGUGAGCCAAAUAAAUUUACGUGAAUUGUUUCUAGAUAUUACUCAUAGUACAUCUUAUUUCUACAAGUUUCAUCACAACAUUCAUUUGAUAGAGUGUUUGUGGCUUAUCAGUUAUGGAAUGUUUAGAUCAAGUUGUUAUUCAUCACUCUCCCUCCUCAACCCAUCUUACAAAACAAAAACAAAAAAUGAAAACAUACCAUCAAAAUCCAAAGUUGCUUUAAUUGCACUUGUAAGUUUUGGAAGCCUUAACAUUGAUUGACUUAACCAAUAAUCAUGUAAUCAUGUGACCUUAUGUGAUGUUUCAUGGCCGCUAUGCAGCCUUAAUGAUAUAAAUGAGAAUAUCAUCUUAUUUGGGAUGUUAUCAUGAUUAUCUUUGCAUUUGAUAUUAUGGCAGAUAUUAUUUAAUUAAUUCAAUGCAUUAUUUAAGACACCAAAUAAAAAAGUAUUCCUUCAAAAUAA